AUGUUACAAGCACUUUCUUUUAGUAGCAAUAGUAUCUCCGGCAAUCUUCCAUCGUCAAUUGCCAAUGGUCUCCCUAAUCUUGAUUGUCUUUUACUUGGUGGUAAUCAGUUGAGUGGAAAAAUCCCUGCCUCUAUUUCCAAUUUUUCAAAGCUUGUUAAGCUGGAUCUAGGUCUUAACACCUUUUGUGGGCGAGUACCCGAGAACCUUGGGAAUUUACAGAACCUUCAAUUUCUAAGUUUCCAAUCUAAUCAGUUGACAAAUGAUCCUUCAAUGCUCAAAUUGGAUUUUCUUAUUUCAUUGCAAAAUUGUAGGAAGUUGAAGAUCAUAUGGAUGGGAAGCAAUUAUUUUGAUGGAAUAUUACCAAAAUCCUUGGGUAAUUUGUCAACAUUCGUUGAAAAUUUUGAUGCUGAUCAUUAUGGUAUUAAAGAUAUCAUUCAGAACGAAAUUGGUACUUUGAGCAUCUUGAUCAAGUUAGACAUUGGAGGCAAUGAAUUGACCAGAAGAAUUCCUAACACAUUGGAUCAAUUAAGAAAAUUGCAAAGGUUGAUACUCUGUGUAAAUAAAUUACGGGGGUCAUUAUCUGCCAACCUUUGCUAUUUGGUAUAUCUGUAUUAUCUGAAUUUGGAAGAUAAUCAGCUUUCUCAACAGUUGCCAAAGUGUUUAGGAAAUCUUAUGUCUUUACGAGCAAUUUAUUUAGCUUACAACUCAAUGACUUCUACUAUGCCAUCCACACUAUGGAAUAACAAGGAAAUUCAGAUUUUGAGUUUCUCUCAUAAUUUGUUGAAUGGGUAG